GAAGAAACAAAACAGCAAAAUCAGAAAACACCAACAACACAACACAAACACAAGCAUAUGAAUGAACUCUCUCACUCUCAACCACACCAAUCAACUCCAAUUAUCAAAUCUGCCAAAAACAUCUCCAUACUUCAAGCUACUCUGUACCCCUUCACCCACUCCUGUCCCUGUUUCAUCCUCUCCCUCAAUCACUGUCCCUGCCUCCUUCAAUUGCGGACAUUCACACACACACACACACACAUAGAUUUUUCUAACUCACUUCAUUUCUUCAAGUGAUGAAAGUGGGAAAUCUCCAACUCCAACCGACCCAGUAACGUUUUUUCAAGAAUCAAGUUAAUGAGAGAAAUGGGGUUGUUUCUUAUACAAUUUUGAAGCUUGGGAAUAGAGAAAGGUUCAAUUUUUACAGGUGGGGUUGUUUUGUUUUGCAUGUGAGAAUGGAAGCGCGGAUGAAGAAGUAUAGGCAACAAGUGAGUCCUGAGAGGGCCAAAGUGUGGACUGAGAAGUCACCUAAGUACCAUCAGAGUCUGAAGGUUCCUGUGAUUUACUAUCUCUGUAGGAAUAGGCAGCUGGAGCACCCUCAUUUCAUGGAGGUCCCUCUUUCUUCCCCAGAUGGGCUGUACUUGAGAGAUGUGAUUGAUAGACUAAAUGCAUUGAGAGGUAGAGGCAUGGCUUCCUUGUAUUCAUGGUCUUGUAAGAGAAGCUACAAGAGUGGAUUUGUGUGGCAUGAUCUUUCUGAAGAUGAUUUAAUUUUACCAGCCCAUGGAAAUGAGUAUGUCCUCAAAGGCUCUGAGCUCUUUGAUGAAUCCAAUUCAGAUAAUUUCAGUCCCAUUAGCAACGUCAAAAUGCAGAACGUGAAGCUGCUGCCGGGGCCAGCUUCUUCUAGAAGUCAUGAUGAAGCCUCUUCCUCAUCUAGCAUGAAUGGGAAAGAGACAAGAACCUCCCAAGAGGACGAGCUUUCUCAAGAACCGCAUACGGGCUCCUCGGAUGUUUCCCCGGAGUCUAGGGAUGAAAAAAGCGACUCUCUGAGCUUGGCAUUGACAGAGUACAAAAUUUACAAGACUGAUGGAUUGGCAGAUGCUUCCACUCAGACAGAAGAACAAGUUAGCAGAACCAGAGCUCAGAAAACUUGUACAAGGGGUGUAUCAACAGAGGAUAGAUCAUUAGAACCUGAAUGCCAUGAAAUAUGUCAAGCUGAAGUUCCAGAAGUGAAAGAUAAUCCGAAAAUGUGCAAGGAUACCAUUUAUCCUUCUCCUUCAACUUCAAGCCCCUUAUCUUUUGGGAGUAAGGCUGAAACUUUGGAAUCUUUGAUUAGAGCUGAUGCUAGCAAACUGAGCAGCUUUAGGACCCAGGAAGAGGAGGGCGCUCGGGUGCCGCCAACCAACACGAGGCUGAAGGCCUCAAAUUUGCUGAUGCAACUGAUCUCAUGUGGCUCGAUAUCAGUGAAAAACCACAGUUUUGGCCUUAUUCCUUCCUAUAAGCAUAGGUUUUCUGAUUCAAAAUUCCCUUCUCCGCUGUUCUCCACUUCUUUUAUGUUAGGGGAAUUUGAUUGCUUAGCAGAGAAUCCAAAGCUGAUGAAUCUUAGGUUGGAAGACAAAGAAUACUUUAGUGGGAGCUUAAUUGAGACUAAACUGAAGGAAGGAGAGGCACAUAAAGUUCUGAAACGUUCUUCUUCCUACAAUGAUGAAAGGACAUAUAAAGACCAGAAACCACAAGAAGACAAAGAGGAAACAUCCUCAGGACAUUCAAAAUGCAUUCCACGAUCAAUCAAGGCUUCAUUGACCAAGCAUCCACGAAGCGAAUCCAUGAAAUCCCCCGUUUCUGAUGGGCCAAGAAACUCAUCGGACAGAUUUGAUGGAUCAGGCAUAUCCUCAGUAACAUCUAACGGUAGCAGCAAAAGAAUCUCCGAACCUUCAUCAGGGAAGAAGCAGUCAAAGAGGAUAGAUUCGUUUAGGGAAGAAGAGGUGAUCAAAAUAGAAGAAAGUUAAGCUUGCUUCAGGAGCUCGGGUUAUAAUCCAAUCAUCCAAACCAUUUUGUGACACAGCAUCUAGCAGCCCUUGAAAAAAGUUUCAGAGUUUAGAGAACAACAAAAUUGCUGGUGUUUUUAGCUUUAGUUUGAAUUCAUCAUUAUUGUAUAUAAGUUGGUAGGUGCAUGCGACAUUUCCAUAAGGCUAUAAAGUGAAAAUAUUUUGAGAAUGACUCAUUGCAAAGAGAAGUAGCUAAUAGUGCAGGUGUGGUCCCAACAUGGUGCUGGAUAGAGAGGGACUUUGUCUUUUAUAACUACAAAUACAAUAUCUUCCUUUUGCUUC